GGGGCUGGACAGGGCUGCAAGGCUCGCUGUUCUCAAGCAGUUGAGUUCAUUCAUGAAGGCGAAUGAGUGAAGGACAGUCGGCUUGAGCAACAACAGUCCGUUGGCGCUGGGUGGAUCAAUUAAGCCGCUGUAAGCAUGACACAGUACAGAUCCUUCACCCACUUCAUGCUGGCCAUCCUCACGCUAUUGCAGUCUCUACUGACCGAACAGAUUUAAUCACCGCCUGGCAAGUCACUUCAGAAGCGGGGAACAUAUUAUGUCCUCAGUGGAGUGGAAACCUCAGUGAGCGAGCGAGCGAACAUCCAGAAGCUUUGCUGGUAUCACCAGUGCAAACAUGGAAUUGGGCAAAGAGUUGGAGAAAGUCACUGUCACUAGACCCAAGACAGAUCUCAGGAAUGCGUGUUACUGUAAAGUGCUCCUGGGUGUGCUGUUGCUUUGUCUUGUUGUGGUCGCCAUCGUCCUUGGAGUUUAUUUCGGAAUACGUGGAGCUCAGAAAGAAGUUCCCUCCCUACAACAUUUGGCCAUGAAAGCUUCAAGCUGCUCAGCUGAUGAUUACAUCUGCGGCAAUGGCCAAUGUCUUACAAAGACCAACCCGGAGUGUGACAAGAUCAAUGAUUGCUUGGACAAGUCGGAUGAGGUGGAAUGCAGCUGUGGCACUCCCCAGAUAACCAACAGGAUAGUGGGAGGCACAGAAGCCAAUGUAGGAGAGUGGCCCUGGCAAGUCAGCCUGCAUGUAAUCGACAUUGGCCACGAAUGUGGGGCUUCAGUCUUGACAGAUACCUGGCUGAUAUCAGCCGCUCAUUGCUUCUCAAGGUUUGCAUCACCACAGAGUUGGGAGGUAGUUGCGGGAACCAUCUACAGAGAUGACCAACGUGCCACGGGAGUGAGGAGGAAAGUCAAGAGAAUCGUUGUCCAUCCCUCGUUUAACUCGGUUAUGCUUGACUUUGACGUGGCUCUGCUGGAGUUGUCUUCCCCCGUAGCCUUCUCCAAAUAUAUCCAGCCCCUGUGUCUACCAUCUUCCUCGCACAUCUUCCGUGUCGGGAAGAACUGCGCCAUCACCGGAUGGGGAUCUCUGAGUGAGACCAAUGCUACUUUACCCAUCAAUCUCCAGGAAGCCAGUGUUCCAAUAUUGAAUAAGGAGGAAUGCUCCAAGCUCUACAACGACGCCAUAACCCCGCAGAUGAUCUGCGCUGGUUUCGCUGCUGGCCAAGUGGAUUCCUGUCAAGGUGAUUCAGGUGGACCCCUGGCUUGUGAGGAGUCACCAGGCAAGUGGUUCCUGGCUGGCAUCGUGAGCUGGGGUGAAGGUUGUGCUCGACCAGACAAACCUGGCAUCUACACAAGGGUGACCACGAUCAGAGACUGGGCCCUGCAGUCAAUAACGCAGCCCAGUGUCAUCUCAUCUUCCACCCCGACCAACAUUGAACAGACCACUUCUGUAGUAAAACCCACGGUGAACGACCAUCUACCGGCAGAGGUUCACUGUACACCCACCACAUUCCAGUGUUCCAACAGUAGCUGCAUCAAUAAAUACAAUGCAGAGUGUGAUGGCAUCAUCGACUGUGCUUCAGGCUCUGACGAGUUCAACUGCGAUUGUGGAGAUACAUCCCUAACGGUGGGCACGAAGAUUGUGGGUGGAGAAGGCAGUGCCCUUGGAGAGUUCCCCUGGCAGACGAGUCUCCAUGUAACGUGGAAAGGGCACGUGUGUGGAGGGACGCUGAUCUCCCCCACAUGGGUGGCCACUGCCGCCCACUGCGUUCUACAUGCGAACGAUCCGGAUUAUUGGCUCGGCUUCCUGGGAACAGUGUAUCGAACGGGAUGGAAUGGCACCAGAGUCACCUUCAAGAGAAUCGUCAUCCAUCCACAAUUCAACGUCUACAGCUUGGAUAAUGACAUUGCCCUAAUGGAACUGACUCAGCCUGUAACCCUGUCUAGCAUCAUUCAGCCUGCCUGCCUACCUUCACUCUCCCACAUGUUGUCAGAGGCAAUGAAAUGUUUUAUUACAGGCUGGGGCACUACAUCAGAAGGGGGUUAUUUGGCUUACAUGCUACAGAAGGCCGAGGUUGAAGUCAUCAGGGAUGACCUGUGCUGGAAACUGUAUGGUAGCCUGGUCACUGGCAGGAUGCUGUGUGCUGGUAAAGUGGCAGGCGGUGUGGAUUCAUGUCAGGGAGAUUCCGGUGGCCCACUGAUUUGCCGGGAAGAUUCGGGAAAGUGGUUCCUCUUUGGAAUUACAAGUUGGGGAGAUGGCUGCGCGAGGGUGAAUGCCCCUGGGGUCUACAGCAGAGUCACAGCCCUCAGACGUUUCAUUGCCCACUACGUUUUCUGAAGGUUGAGGAUUUGCCAUUAUUUCUGAUUCACCGAAGGCUUUGGGGUUUCGAUGCUGAACGCAGGAGCUGUGGAGCCAUGAACUCUCUUGGUUUUCGACAGUCUGUGAUCACUCCCUUCAGUCUUCAACGUCUCCAAUUCUUUUAUUUGUGAAUGAGAUUAAGGAAUUCUUUGAAAUGUAAUAUAUAUGAAGGUGAUCUUCUGGUGUUUUUUUAAACUGCUGUUUACGCUUUUUUUGCUUCUGACACACCAAAUGAGAUAAUAGAUAUCAUUCUUGUAUAUUAUCUAGUGCGAAAUACCCCUAAAUAUAUCUGUUGUUGGUUUUUAUGUGCUACAAUUUGAGGAUGAACAACUCCUAGUUACAAACCGUAGGAUACAGUGGAGAUUUCUGUUUAUUCUCUGCAUAGCACCAAUUUUAACAUCGCCUUGUGUCUGCUCUUCAGGUCACUUCAUUCAGUAGUGUCAGGGCGGAAAGGAACAUACUUGCAAUGACUCUUCUGGAAAACUAGAUUUUGUUUUUGGUGAUAUAACUGAAUGAAAAUGUAAGGUGCCGUGAUCGGGUCAUGAACCCACCAAAUAACAGUGAGAACCUUGUGCAAAGUAUGCAUAUACGUAGAAACAUAGAAAAUAGGAUCAGAAAAAACACAUACAGUAAUCGCAUUGAGAAUACUAUCAGGUAAGGGCUGAUGCAUUAUCUUAGGUGUGUGUACGUUAUUCAUCGGCAAAUCAUAGUUUACUGGGAGACGGGAAGGGUCCCGACCCGAAACGUCUCCUAUCCCUGAUCUCCAGAGAUGCUGCCAGACCCGCUAAGUUACUCCAGCACUUUGUGUCUGGUUUUGUAAACCAGCGUCUGCAGUUCCUUGUGUCCUCCUUGGUUUCAUUGGUCCUUUGAAUUGAAAUAAGCAUAUCUGUAAAAUUGGCAAAGGUGAAAUAUGUGUAUAUCCCAAAAGAGUUAAAAAUGUGUUCAAUUUAAGCCCAUGGUUGAAAAUCUACCGCUGGGGGAGUGGAAAAAAACAUUGCUUCCAAAGAACUACCAAGUAUUGGUUUUCACACCAAAGAUUAUGAGCUGGGGUUUAAUACAGGGGUAAUAAUUAUUACAACUUCUAGGGUUUUAGCAAGCCAAAGCCUCAGGUUCGCUUCUAUGCUGGAAGCUCUCAGGCCUUGUACUGAAGCCUAAAUGCCAAACACAAAACUGGAAUGGUUUGUAAAAUAAGAAGCACAGAGCUACUGAAAGCAAGAAGUUUAGUAGAAUUCAUGUUAGAUGGUAAAUUGACAGAAGAACACUCCAAAGAGGGAAGAAGCCAUUGUAACAAAAGCAUUUUUAUACCAAUAAUAACAUCUUUAUAGCAAUGACAAACCUAACGUAACAUAAAAAUAAUGAGAGCAUAAAGCUAGUGGGAUAGGAAUGAUUAUAGAUGGUUACUGUGAUGGGGGCGGCAUGGUGGCGCAGUGGUAGAGUCGCUGCCUUACAGCGCCAGAGACCUGCGCUAGAUCCUGACUAUGGGUGCUGUCUGUACGGAGUUUGCACGUUCUCCUUGUGACCGUGUGGGUUUUCUCUGGGAGCUCCGGUCUCCUCCCACACUCCAAAGGCGUGCAGAUUUAUAGGUUAAUUGACUAGGUUAAAAUUGUAAAUUGUCCUUAGUGUUGGAUAGUGCUAGUGUAGUCACUAGAGAUAGUACAGCCAGUGAAGAUCCGGUGGGCCAAAUGGCCUGUUUCUGCGCUGUAUCUCCAAAGUCUAAGGUAUAGUAAAUCUGGAUAUAGCUUAUGAGAGUCAAAUAUACCAGGAUACAGGAAAAUAGAAAAAUAGGAAAAUGGGAACUUGAUUUUAAAAUAACAUUACAGCGAGACAGGAAAGUUUCUAAAUAUUGUGUAAAUGUUUUGCUGGCUUCAGUUAAAUUAGCUACGGAUGGUAACGACAUAGAUAACUGCAACAAUGGGAGAUUCAAAGCUUCAUAUAAUGUAAUUCAAAUAUAAUGGGUCAAAGAAAAAGACAUAAUUUGCUAAAAGAAUUAAGGAUAAUUUGGGAAAACAUCACAAACUUAAUAGAUUUAUAGAUUUCGAUGUAAAUGCAAGUAAUAAACCAAGAAUAAAUAGGGUCUCGACCCAAAAUGUCGCCUAUUCCUUUUCUCCAUAGAUGCUGCCUCACCCGCAGAGUUUCUCCAGCAUCUGCAGUUCUUUCUUAAACAUAAAAAACUUGAGAAUCAUUUCAAACAACCUUGGAUAUUUUCUUGAAUAAAUGUCAAAAGGUGAUAUGAAUUGAGGUGUGUACUUCCAGGCUAUGAAACUAUGUAGAUGGAUUAUAACAGAAGGAAGACAAAAAAUGCUCGAGUAACUCAGCGGGUCAGGCAGCAUCUCUGGAGAGCAUGGAUGGGUGACGCUUCAGGUUGGGCACUCUCUUCAGACCGAUGGCAGUUCUCCAAAAAUGCUGACCCACUGAGCAUUUUGCUGACCCACCUACAGCAUUUUGUGUCUUUCUUUGGCAUGAACCAGCAUCUGCAGUUCCUUGCUAUUACAUUAUAAUCUGAGCUGCAAAUUGUGUCAUUUGUAAUUGGUGCAAGUGCAUCUCAACUGUGUGAAACUGGACAAAAACAUCUGAUAAGCCGCUUUAUUUUAUGAUAUGUGAAUAAACACAGUAAUAAAGAAAAAUUCAAGGAAUUUAACUCAAUCUAACUGCACCUAAUAAACAGUGAACAAUUCAAAAAAC